AUGACGAAUUAUCAGACAGCGACAUCAGAUGAGCUUGGUAUCGGAACUGCAGUGACUUCAAUGACUCUCGGCAUCGCAUCCAUAAUAACCGUUGCCCUACGACUCUGGGUGAGACUUAAAAACGGCGCGAUAGGUAACGAUGAUUAUCUAAUGGUAGUCGCUCUUGCCUUAUUCAUUACCUGCUGUGUACUUGCCCACCUCGGCUGUCGUUCAGGCCUCGGUGCCACAGACGAGGCCAUCCGUCAACACGACCCUUCAGGUACGAUGUAUGAGGUUGGAUUGAAAUAUUUUUUCAUAUUUCAAUUAUUCUAUAUGUUUUGUCUCCCGUUCAUCAAAGCUAGCGUCUGCGUCGCACUCCUACGUAUAACAAGAGAGAAGCGCUACGUCGUGCCUUUAUGGGGCGUCAUAAUCCUCAGUUCCUUCGCCGGUUUAUUUGGAUUCGCGUCUGUGAUGGCGCAGUGUCAGCCCAUCGCGGCCAAUUGGAAUAUGGAUAUCAACGCCUGCGAUGGGACUGUCCGCGUCGGUGCGAUGUCUAUUACUGUUGCGACUGUUUCUAUAUUAACUGACUGGUUAUGCGCGAUACUUCCGACAAUUUUGUUGUGGAAUUUAAACAUGAAGCUAAAGGUCAAGGCCUCACUUAUUUUCGUCCUCGCCCUUGGUGCAUUAGCCAGCAUCUCUACAUGCGUUCGACUCCCAUAUAUACACAUAUAUAAACACAUCUACGUCGAACCGGACAAUGGCCUUGAAAAGGCCGGUAACCUGAUUGUCUGGUCCGUCGUCGAGUGUGGCAUCGGAGUGACCGCGGGCUCCCUCCCUCCCCUUCAGCCACUCCUCCGGAAAUUCAGGUUCGGAACCGAAACCCCGCGCAUGAAGCUCUCAUACUUCAACAAUCGCCACGACCAUCAACUGGAAGCUAGCCCCUCUAUAAGCCGUGGUAACUACCAACAAUUCCCCCCUGCGACACCUCCCCCCGCCGUCCUCCCUCCACCUCCACUUCCCCGAUCGACACGAAUGCAGAAUGUGGAGGGAGCUCCCCGUGGCAAUUCACUAGUGACGACUUGCCAAGCAGACCGCAGCCCUUGGGGAGAUAGCAACAGACUCGACGACACGUCGAACAAGAAGCUAGUUAUCAUCAAGAACACGAGGAUAGAUAUUGAAUACAACCCAGCGCGACCGAGGUCUAGGACGGGAACUACGUCGGAAAUUGUAUAA